UUUUUGCUCUUUCAGCCAGAUACGAAGGACGAUGAUGAGGAUAGUAAGUACCUCAUGGACUGUCUUGACCUCCUUGUCGCUGCUGGGUACUUCCGUGCACGCAUUAAAGGUCUUACGACAUUUGACAAGAUUGUCGGUGGAAUGGUGUGGUGUCUGUCUCAUUGCAAUCGAAGAAUAGAUUCUUCCCUCGUGUUUGAAGAAGACCUUGACAUAGGACACAAAAUCAUAUUGACAGAGAAGGUUGUACGAGUUCUAACGGAUCUGCAAUGCCCCCAUCGUAUCGAGCCACAUCAAAUCCAGGGACUCGAUCUGCAAAACAUUUAUCCUGUCAUACAGGUAAGCACCAUUCAGUUUAGUCUUGGGAAGUACUACGGUAACAUUUGGCCGGUUUUCAGUAUUUCUUCUCAUACCAGUGACCUAAAAAUCACUUCAUUACUCGAAGACGCCUACUGCACCUUAGCGGAAUUUACUGGAAGGUGA